GUCAAGCUUCUGAGUACCUUCUCAACGAUGGUCUGGUCUGUGAUCUUUUCUCCGCAAGAUCGCAUUUGGCUAACUAUUGUCAUUGCCCUCGACAAAAAAUCAGCCACUGAUUCUCCAUUCUUCAUGAUCAUCGUUUCAAAGUCACGUCGAAGUGAUUGCAAUCUCACAACGAUGACUUUCGAGUCUCCUUUGAAUUCUUUCUCCAAGGUUGACCAUGCUUGCUUUGAGUUGGUUGCCGUUGCAAUUCGGGAGAAGACGUUGUCGUGGACUGCUUGCUGGAUGAUCGCCAACGCCUUCGAAUCUUUCUUCUUGUUCUCCCGCAAUUUGUUCGCCUCAUCGGGAUCUGCGUAUCCCAAAUCCGCCCUCUAUGAUUGCGCCUCCAACCUCACAAAAGCCGCGUACUACAUACAAGACUCGGAUAUCGUGGACAAGCUCGAGCGCGCCGAAGACCCGUCGGGGCCGAAGGACGCCGCCCAGGUGGUGAUGGGCGCCGUCGUGGCUGACUACCCCAAUUGCACGGACGGCUUGAAGCGCGCGGCGAAUAAAGAAUUCGUGUCCCAAGUCAGUAAUAAGAUUGCAAAUGGUAAGAACUUGUCCAUCACUGCGUUCAAUGCGACCUUCAGCUUACCCUAAUUAAACACUCCAAGUUCUACUCCAUCAUUAUUGCACUUUAGCCUAUCUCAGGCAUGUUGUGAAAUAAAAGUUUUUUUUUUUUUUUGUUAUUCUGCAAUUUGUUUCCAUACUGUAAUAAUAUCAAAGUGUAAUGAUCGGAAAAUUGUCUUAGUAAUUAGUCGUUAUUUUUAUAAAAAUAAAUACUCUCUCCGUCCAAAUAAGAUAGGGAUAUAUUG